AUGACAUCCAUGGACUCUUCCGAGAAAUCCACCCGGAACUCUGCCAGCCGGCGUUCAAAAUCCAGCAAGUCCAGCACCAAGGCCCACUGGGGCUCAGCCUCCGGCUCUCAAAACGGGCAGAGCCAAGAGACUGGAGGUUCAUCAAGACAAAACAGAUCCGGCACGGAAGUCCCAGUCGAGGUCUCCCACAGUGGAGAGGACUUUGCACACAUUGGUGCCCAGUUCUAUGAUUAG